AUGCAGCGUCCACCGUCGGAAGAAUUUUCCCUCAAGGAAACCUCGCCGAAAAUCGCUGGAUCAGGCAACUACUCGGUCGGCGACAAGCUCACCUGCACCUAUGACCUCGUUGAACAAAUGCAGUAUCUUUACGUCCGAGUCGUCAAAGCCAAAGAAUUGCCACAUAAAGAUGUCACCGGAAGUUGCGACCCUUACGUCGAAGUCAAGCUCGGAAACUACAAAGGGAUCACCAGACACUUCGAAAAGAAAUCAAACCCAGAAUGGGACCACGUGUUCGCCUUCUCUCAGGAUCGAAUUCAGUCAUCGUUUGUCGAAAUCAUUGUCAAAGACAAAGAUGUAGUCUUGGACGACUUCAUCGGAAGAAUCUUGUUUGAACUUCACGAUGUCCCAAGAAGAGUCCCGCCGGACAGCCCACUGGCACCGCAGUGGUACAAACUGGAGGAUAAAAGAGGGGAGAAGCUUAAACAUGGCGAAAUCAUGCUCGCCGUCUGGAAAGGAACUCAGGCCGACGAGUGCUUCCCGGAGGCAUGGCACUCCGACGCUGCCACGGUGGGCAGAGAAGGUAUAUCCAAGAUCCGAGGGAAAGUUUACUUGUCUCCAAAGCUUUGGUACGUGCGAGUUAACGUAAUUGAGUGUCAAGAUCUGGUUCCAAGUGACCGGAAUAAGCCACUGGAGGCCUGUGUGAAGGUAGCACUGGGUGGUCAGUCUACCAGAACUCGAAUUUCUCUGGUGAAGACUGCAAACCCAACUUGGAACGAAGACAUAGUUUUCGUAGCAGCAGAGCCAUUUGAAGAGGGUUUAAUGUUAACAGUCGAAGAUCGAGGUAACAAAGAUGAGGUACUGGGGAAAUGCUUGUUACCCUUACACUCCGUGAAUAGAAGGUGGGACAACAAAACCGUCCAGUCACGGUGGCACAACCUCGAGAAACACCCCAUGUACGACGGCGAGAAGAAAGAGGUAAAGUUCGCCAGUAGAAUUCAUCUACGUGUGUGUUUAGAUGGAGGGUAUCACGUUUUGGACGAAUCAACAAAUUAUAGUAGUGAUCUAAGGCCCACUGCCAAACAAAUAUGGAAGUCGAGCAUUGGUGUUUUGGAGUUAGGGAUUAUAAGCGCAAAAGGGUUGUCUCCAAUGAAAACAAGAGAAGGUCGGGCCACAACCGAUGCUUUUUGUGUUGCAAAAUACGGGAAUAAAUGGGUCAGAACAAGAACAAUUAUCGACAACUUUUCACCAAAUUGGAACGAGCAAUACACAUGGGAGGUUUACGAUCCGUGUACCGUGAUAACAAUUGGGGCAUUCGAUAAUGGGCACUUACAUGGGUCGAAUAAAGACUUGCGGAUCGGAAAGGUUAGGAUCCGGUUAUCAACACUCGAGACAGAACGAGUGUAUACGCACUCGUACCCUCUCAUCGCUUUACACCCUUCAGGUGUAAAGAAAAUGGGCGAGGUACAAUUGGCUGUGAGGUUUUCGUGCACAUCAUAUAUUAACAUGCUGCACAAAUAUUCACAACCAAUUUUACCUAAAAUGCAUUACGUCCAUCCGUUAUCCAUGAGUCAAACCGAUACGCUAAGACACAACGCAACUCAAAUAGUCUCGACCCGGUUGGCCCGGGCCGAGCCGCCAUUGAAGAAAGAAGUGGUUGAGUACAUGCUAGAUGUUGGUCAACACAUAUGGAGUGUUAGAAGGAGCAAAGCGAAUUUUUUUCGGAUAGUAAACGUGGCUAGCAAUUUAGUAGGGUUGGUAAAAUGGUUCGACUCAAUAUGCCAUUGGAAAAAUCCGCUCACGACCCUUUUAAUUCACGUACUUUUCGUGAUGCUGAUACUCUCUCCCGAGUUAAUCUUGCCUACGUUUUUUCUGUACCUCUUUGUCCUAGGGAUUUGGAGGUACAGAUGGAAACCAAGGCAUCCUCCUCAUAUGGAUAUCAGGUUAUCACACGCGGAUGCGGUAACCUACGAUGAGUUAGAUGAAGAGUUUGAUACAUUUCCUACUGGUAAAGGGUCUGAUGUGGUGCGAAUGCGAUAUGAUCGAUUAAGAAGUAUUGGAGGUAGGAUUCAGACCGUUGCUGGUGACUUGGCAACUCAAGGCGAGAGGUUUCAUUCUUUGCUGAGUUGGCGGGACCCUAGAGCAUCAGCGUUGUUUGUGACGUUUUGUUUGAUGGCGGCGAUUGUGUUGUACGUGACACCAUUUCAAGUGGUAGCGCUUCUUGGUGUGUUUUAUGUUUUGAGACAUCCGAGGUUUCGAACUAAACUACCUUCAAUGCCGGCAAAUUUCUUCCGGAGGUUGCCUUCUGGUGCAGAUCGAAUGUUGUGA